CUCACGGUGCUGCUGUUCACUGGUGCCAAUAACAGAGCUCCCGCAGGCAGGCCUGGAUCAGUGGGGACUGGGGCCCUGAAGUGAGAUGGAGCAAGACAGAGCGGCCCUUGGGAGAGGGGCAUGGGGCGGCCCUGUGCUUUAGACUCGGCACCCUAUGGCUUGAGGAGGUGACACUGUGUCGACGUGCGUUUGAAGGGAGGACGGCUGAAGGUACAUGCAGUCUCCCGGACGUCACAAACUCCGCGGACGCGGGUCACACCCGCGCGCACGCGCAGCAGGGGUCUUAGCCACACAGGCGCACGGCGGGGCACGGCGGGGCACGGGCCCUGCUGCAAAUGGGCGCGCUCCCUUCUGGGCAAGCAGGUGCGAGGCGCGCGCCAUGGAACAGCCCUUAGCUGAGUUUCGGUUUGCGCGCAAACGGCCAGCCUGGCCGCCCAACGCAGCAUUUCCAGCCAGGGCGCACAAACCUCGGGAGAGAAGGUGGAAGCCGCAGAGGCUCUAAAGGCAGCCCCAGGCUGGCUAAAGCGGUUCCUGGUACGGACACCAAGGCCCCCGUGCUCGGGCCCUACCCAGCCUGGUUCAGGCCUGUCAUACUCGUCUUUCUCCUUCCUGGGAAAUUGCUGAUGGUUCAAGUAAAGACUCUGAAGCAGUCUCAGGGAUAUACUGCUUGGUAGUAAAAGUCAAGUCUUCAUCAUCUAGUUUACGGCAUGAAUCAACACACAGUUCUUUGAAAAUGCUGAAUGCAGAUUUGUCAGAACUCCCUGAAUCUUCUGCACUUGCUCCUCCUUCUUUCAAACUUGCAUUCUUUGAUGCUUCUGGAUUGCCAUUUUGAAGACCAUUUUCAAGUAUCUUUUUUUUUAUGUUGCAAAAUUUGUUGUUGAAUGCUAGUCAAAACACCACAAAUAAUCGUUUGCUGUCUGUCCAUACAUAUCUUGAAUAAAGACAGUAAUAUUUUGUUGAAGAAUGCCGACUAUACCUAACGAGCCAUAAUGUACAGCAGGCGUGAAGGCUGUUCCUCUCAGCCUAUCAACAGCAUGUGCAUUUGCUUGUUUCUUCACUAAAAAUUCCAGCAUUUGCUGUCUUUUGCAAACUGCAGCAAGUAAAAGUGGUGUGUUUCCAUCAUUGUUCAGCACUUCAAUAUCUGUAUCAUGGGAAAGUAGUUUUUCUACCAGGAAUGUACUCUCAUUAUAGGACAGCAUAGUGGAGAGCAGUGUUGCUGUAGACAUCCAUGUUCCAGCAGAACGAUGCCACAAAUCUCUUCCUGGCAAUGUACAGCCUCCUCAAAGGCAUCCCAUUUUGUUUAUCACCAAUGUCAAUGUGGCAUUUUCAGUUCACCAGGAGAGUCCCCACUUCCACAUGGCCAUUGGCACAGGCCAAACGUACAGCAGCCCUGUCCAUCCACAGCUGAAGGGAUAGAGAAACUGCCAUACAGAUACACACAGAAUAUGCUUCAGCCAUAAAGCUUUGGGAAAUCCUGUCAUCCGCAGCCACAUGGAGAAACCCAGAGGACAUUAGGUCCAAGAAAAUGAGCCUGGUGGAGCAAGUCCCACACUGCAUGAUCUCAGGCUUGUGGACUCCAAAAAGCUUUAUCUCCUGCCCAUCCACAGAUGAAGGGAUCAAGAAACUCUGAUAUAUAUACACAAAGGAAUGUUCUUUGGCCAUCAAGAUAAUUAAAGGAUGUCAUUUGGAGGAACAUAGAUGGCCCGCCGAGGCUGCAGCUGCCUCAUCCUGCACUGUGGAUGGAAGCCGCUGAUCUGACAUGAAGUGGAGCUCAGGUGCUGGCCUCCAAUGAUUGGUCGCUGCCGCGAGGGCCGCCGGGACUCGCACUCGGCGGUUGUUCCAGAAGGAAGAGACAGCGAUGGCGGCAGAGGCUUCGAAGACUGGGCCUUGCCGGUCUUCCUACCAGCGGAUGGGGAGGAAGAGUCAGCCCUGGGGUGCCGCUGAAAUCCAGUGCACCAGGUGUGGAAGGAGGGUAUCCAGAGCAUCCGGUCACCAUUGUGAACUUCAAUGUGGACAUGCUUUUUGUGAACUAUGCUUGUUAAUGACUGAAGAAUGCACCACAAUUAUAUGCCCUGAUUGUGAGGUUGCUACAGCUGUAAAUACUAGACAACGUUACUACCCAAUGGCUGGAUAUAUUAAAGAAGACUCCAUAAUGGAAAAACUGCAGCCUAAGACGAUAAAGAAUUGUUCUCAGGACUUUAAGAAGACUGCUGAUCAGCUAACUACUGGUUUAGAACGUUCAGCCUCCACAGACAAGACUGUUUUGAACUCAUCAGCUGUAAUGUUGGACAUUAAUACUGCAGAAGAAAUUGAAGAAGCGUUGAAUACAGCACACCAUAAUUUCGAACAAUUAAGCAUUGCUGGAAAAGCGCUUGAACACAUGCAGAAGCAAACGAUAGAGGAAAGAGAAAGAGUUAUAGAAGUUGUGGAGAAACAGUUUGACCAACUUUUGGCUUUUUUUGAUUCCAGGAAAAAGAACCUGUGUGAAGAAUUUGCAAGAACUACUGAUGAUUAUCUAUCAAAUUUAAUAAAGGCUAAAAGCUACAUUGAAGAGAAAAAAAAUAAUUUGAAUGCAGCUAUGAACAUAGCAAGAGCAUUACAAUUAUCACCUUCUCUAAGAACAUACUGUGACCUGAAUCAGAUUAUCCGGACUUUGCAGUUAACUUCAGAUAGUGAAUUAGCACAAGUUAGUUCUCCGCAACUAAGGAACCCUCCCAGGUUGAGUGUGAAUUGCAGUGAGAUCAUCUGUAUGUUCAACAAUAUGGGAAAGAUUGAAUUUGGGGACUCAACAAAAUGUUAUCCCCAAGAAAAUGAAAUUAGACAGAAUGUUCAAAAGAAAUAUAAUAACAAAAAGGAACUUUCUUGUUAUGAUACAUACCCACCACUAGAAAAGAAAAAGGUUGACACGUCUGUCCUAACCAGUGAAGCACCACCACCUCCUUUGCAACCUGAGACAAAUGAUGUACAUUUAGAAGCAAAAAACUUCCAGCCACAGAAAGACGUUGCAACAGCAUCCCCUAAAACCAUUGCUGUGUUACCUCAGAUGGGAUCUAGCCCUGAUGUGAUAAUUGAGGAAAUUAUUGAAGACAACGUGGAAAGGCUUGCACUACUUCCUGGGGCCGACGUGCGAUAUUCCCAGAGUUCACAAUGCUGUUCUGCAGAGCUAGUUUUUGUAAGCCAUGUAAUAGAUCCUUGCCAUUUCUACAUUCGGAAGUAUUCACAAAUAAAAGACGCCAAAGUACUGGAGAAGAAGGUGAAUGAAUUUUGCAAUAGGAGUUCACACCUUGAUCCUUCAGACAUUUUGGAACUAGGUGCAAGAAUAUUUGUCAACAGUAUUAAAAAUGGAAUGUGGUGUCGAGGAACUAUCACAGAAUUAAUUCCAAUAGAGGGUAAAAAUACCAGAAAACCUUGUAGUCCAACCAGAUUAUUUGUCCAUGAAGUUGCACUAAUACAAAUAUUCAUGGUAGAUUUUGGAAAUUCUGAAGUCCUGAUUGUCACAGGAGUUGUUGAUACCCAUGUGAGACCAGAACACUCUGCUAAGCAACAUAUUGCACUAAAUGAUUUAUGUCUGGUUCUGAGGAAAUCUGAACCAUAUACUGAAGGGCUGCUAAAAGACGUCCAGCCAUUAGCACAACCAUGCUCAUUGAAAGACAUUGUUCCACAGAAUUCAAAUGAAGGCUGGGAAGAGGAAGCUAAAGUGGAAUUUUUGAAAAUGGUUAAUAACAAGGCUGUUUCAAUGAAAGUUUUUAGAGAAGAAGAUGGUGUGCUUAUUGUAGAUCUGCAAAAACCACCACCGAAUAAAAUAAGCAGUGAUAUGCCUGUGUCUCUUAGAGAUGCGCUAGUUUUUAUGGAACUAGCAAAGUUUAAGUCACAAUCACUAAGAAGUCACUUUGAAAAAAAUACUACUUUACACUAUCAUCCACCUAUUUUGCCUAAAGAAAUGACAGAUGUUUCAGUAACGGUUUGUCAUAUAAAUAGUCCUGGAGAUUUCUAUCUUCAGUUGAUAGAGGGCGCGGAUAUUUUAUUUCUAUUAAAGACAAUCGAGGAAUUCUAUAAAAGUGAAGAUGGAGAAAAUCUGGAAAUCCUCUGUCCAGUUCAAGAUCAAGCCUGUGUAGCUAAAUUUGAAGAUGGAAUUUGGUACCGAGCAAAAGUUAUCGGAUUGCCAGGACAUCAGGAAGUUGAAGUUAAAUAUGUGGACUUUGGUAAUACUGCAAAAAUAACAAUCAAAGACGUGCGUAAAAUAAAGGAUGAGUUUCUGAAUGCCCCAGAGAAGGCAAUUAAAUGUAAGUUGGCCUAUAUUGAACCAUGUAAAAGGACAAUGCAGUGGUCCAAAGAAGCUAAAGAAAAAUUUGAAGAAAAGGCUCAAGAUAAAUUUAUGACAUGUUCAGUUAUCAAAAUUCUGGAAGAUAAUGUGCUCUUAGUUGAGCUUUUCAAUUCUCUUGGUGCUCCUGAAAUGACUACUACUAGUAUUAAUGACCAGCUAGUUAAAGAGGGCCUAGCAUCUUACGAAAUAGGAUACAUCCUCAAACAUAAUUCUCAAAAGCAUAUUGAAAUUUGGGAUCCUUCUCCAGAAGAAAUUAUUUCAAAUGAAGUACACAACUUAAAUCCUGUGUCUGCAAAAUCUCUACCUAAUGAGAAUUUUCAGUCACUUUAUAAUAAGGAAUUGCCUGUGCAUAUCUGUAAUGUAAUAUCUCCUGAGAAGAUUUAUGUUCAGUGGUUGUUAACUGAAAACUUACUUAAUAGUUUAGAAGAAAAGAUGAUAGCUGCUUAUGAAAACUCAAAAUGGGAACCUGUUAAAUGGGAAAAUGAUAUGCACUGUGCUGUUAAGAUCCAAGAUAAAAAUCAGUGGCGAAGAGGCCAGAUCAUCAGAAUGGUUACAGACACAUUGGUAGAGGUCUUGCUGUAUGAUGUGGGUGUUGAACUAGUAGUGAAUGUUGACUGUUUAAGAAAACUUCAAGAAAAUCUAAAGACAAUGGGAAGACUCUCUUUGGAAUGUUCUCUGGUUGACAUAAGACCAGCUGGUGGGAGUGACAAGUGGACAGCAACAGCUUGUGACUGUCUUUCAUUGUACCUGACUGGAGCUGUAGCAACUAUAAUCUUACAGGAAAACAACACAACAUGGCCAUUACCUGUGAAAAUUUUCUGCAGAGAUGAAAAAGGAGAGCGUGUUGAUGUUUCUAAAUAUUUGAUUAAAAAGGGUUUGGCUUUGAGAGAAAGGAGAAUUAAUAAAUUAGAUAACAGCCAUUCAUUAUCUGAGAAGUCUCUGGAAGUCCCCCUGGAACAGGAAGAUUCAGUAGUUACUAACUGUAUUAAAACUAACUUUGACCCUGACAAGAAAACUGCUGACAUAAUCAGUGAACAGAAAGUGUCUGAAUUUCAGGAGAAAAUUCUAGAACCAAGAAGCACUAGAGGGUAUAAGCCACCAGCUAUUCCUAACAUGAAAGUAUUUGAGGCAACAGUCAGCUGUGUUGGUGAUGAUGGAACUAUAUUUGUAGUACCUAAACUAUCAGAAUUUGAGCUAAUAAAAAUGACAAAUGAAAUUCAAAGUAAUUUAAAAUGCCUUGGUCUUUUGGAGCCUUAUUUCUGGAAAAAAGGAGAAGCAUGUGCAGUAAGAGGAUCCGAUACUCUGUGGUAUCGUGGCAAGGUGAUGGAGGUUGUAGGUGGCGCCGUCAGAGUACAAUAUUUAGAUCAUGGAUUCACUGAAAAGAUUCCGCAGUGCCAUCUUUACCCUAUUUUGCUGUAUCCUGAUAUACCCCAGUUUUGUAUUCCUUGUCAGCUCCAUAAUACCACACCUGUUGGGAAUGUCUGGCAACCAGAUGCAAUAGAAGUUCUUCAACAACUGCUUUCAAAGAGAGAGGUGGACAUUCACAUUAUGGAGUUACCUAAAAAUCCAUGGGAGAAAUUGUCUAUUCACCUCUAUUUUGAUGGAAUGUCACUUUCUUAUUUUAUGGCAUACUAUAAAUACUGUACUUCUGAACAUACUGAGGAGAUGUUGAAAGAAAAACCAAGAUCAGACCAUGAUAAAAAGUAUGAAGAGGAACAAUGGGAAAUAAGGUUUGAGGAAUUGCUUUCGGCUGAAACAGACACUCCUCUUUUACCACCGUAUUUGUCUUCAUCUCUGCCUUCCCCAGGAGAACUCUAUGCUGUUCAAGUUAAGCACGUUGUCUCACCUAAUGAAGUGUAUAUUUGCCUUGAUUCUAUAGAAACUUGUAACCAGUCUAACCAGCAUAGUGACACAGAUGAUAGUGGAGUCAGCGGGGAAUCAGAAUCCGAGAGCCUUGAUGAAGCACUGCAGAGGGUUAAUGAGAAGGUAGAGGCGCUUCCUCCUCUGACGGAUUUUAGAACAGAAAUGCCUUGCCUUGCAGAAUACGAUGAUGGCUUAUGGUAUAGAGCGAAGAUUGUUGCCAUUAAAGAAUUUAAUCCUUUGUCUAUCUUAGUACAAUUUGUUGAUUAUGGAUCAACUGCAAAGCUGACAUUAAACAGACUGUGCCAAAUUCCUUCUCAUCUUAUGCGGUAUCCAGCUCGAGCCAUAAAGGUUCUCCUGGCAGGGUUUAAACCUCCCUUAAGGGAUCUAGGGGAGACAAGAAUACCAUAUUGUCCCAAAUGGAGCAUGGAGGCACUGUGGGCUAUGAUAGACUGUCUUCAAGGAAAACAACUCUAUGCUGUGUCCAUGAUUAAAAACUCAAGAUGUGAAUGCAAAAGCGCAUAGAAGAAAAUGGUGUACUUGUGGCCUGAGGAUUGAGAAGAAUUAAAGUCACGAAAACCAAAAACUAUUUUAAAAGACUAGUAAAUUCAACAUUACAAGGAAAAACAUACAUUAAAAAAAACACAAACUGAAAAGCCAAACCCAGACUGGGAGAAAAUAUUAGCAGUGCUUGUAACUGACAAAGGAUUACUAUGCGGAAUAAUUAACUUUAUAAGGAGAAACACACACACACACAUCCAAAAUUUUAAAUGGACAAAGGAAAUGAACAGGUAGUUCACAAAAGGGGAACCUCAAAUGCUGACUAAAUGUAAGAAAACAUGCUUACAGGGCCUUACCAGCUCACGGAAUCAACCACCAUUUUACAUCAACUGGCCAAAAUGUUAAAAGUCUGGCCAGAUCAAGUGUUUGCAAGUAUGAAGAGCAUACUCUGCUGAGAGUAAAAAAAAAACUGGUACAACCAUGUUGCAGAGCAAAGGGAAAACCUCCAGCUGACAUGGCCUGGCAUCUUACUCUUCAUAUAUAUCCUAGAGAAGCCACAGAAUCAAGACACGCUCUGCAGCCCUAUUCAUUAUCAUGCAAACCUAAUUGCCCAUCACCAGGAAUGCUGAACUGUGGAAGUAUACAAUGCAAUCUACAUAGCUAUUAAAAUCAAUCGACUGGAGUUUUUAUGUGUUAAGAUGGGUAAGUCAUACAGUAUUGAGAGAAAAAAACAAAUUGCAGAAGGACACACAGAAUAUGAAACAAUACUACAGGGUGAGUGUCCCUUAUCAGAAAUGCUUGGGAACAGUAUUGCAGAUCUCCAUUUUUUUUUUUCAAGUUUUGGAAUAUCUGCAAGUACUUAUUGGUUGAGCAUCCUUAAUCCACAUUCAAAAUGCUCCAAUGAAUGUUUCCUUUGAGCAUCAUGCUUGCCCUCAAAAAGUUUCAGAUUUGGGAUGCUCGACCAGUAUAACAAUUUAUGAACGCAACAAGGUAAAAUAAUUUAAAACCGAAGCACGGACCAUUAUCAGGGUAGAAAUUAACUGGCGGAAUAAGAUGAUGCACAGGAGCUUCAAUUACAUUUAUUAAUUCAAAUUCAUUCAAAUGUUCAAAAACAUUUAUUAAGAAGUGUUUUAUUAAGUUGGGUAUAUAAAUGGUUUAUUCCUUACAUUCUGAAAUGUUUUAUAAAAAGAUCAUGCAGCCUCUUACCUU